CACAGCUGACACGCGAGAUCGAGAUCGGAGAUGGAGCUGCUUUGCAACGCGCCGGCGCACGCCUCCGUGCCGGACAGGUACGUCUUCCCGCCGGAGAAGCGCGCCGCCCUGCAGCUCGACGGCGUCGACGGCCCCGACGACGGCGUCACCCUCCCCGUCGUCGACCUGCACCGUGCCGCACUUUCCGGUGACGACGGCCUCCGCCGCCGCGUCGCCGAGGAGAUCGUCCGGGCCGGCAAGGAAUUCGGCUUCUUCCAGGUGGUGAACCACGGCGUGGGGGAGGACGUAGUGAGAGGGUUCCGUGACGCGGCGGCGGAGUUCUUCGCGAUGCCAGUGGAGGAGAAGCUGCCCUACUGCUCCGACGACCAGAGCAAGCCCUUCCGUCUCGCCUCGAGCACAUCCUACGACAAGAGCGAGACGCGGUACUGGCGGGACUACCUCAAGCUCCAGUGCCACCCAGUCUCCGACGAGCUCGUCCGCCACUGGCCAGCGGAACCAACAAGCUUCCGGCCGCGCCUCGCCGAGUUCUCCGAGGCGGCGCAUGAGCUAGCCCAGACGCUCCUCAGCCUCGUCGCUGAGGGUCUCGGCCUCAGCGCCGGCUUCUUCGCCGGCGACCUCAGUGGCGGCGAGACCCAGAUGAACGUCAACUACUACCCGCCGUGCCCGGACCCGAGCCUCACACUCGGCCUCCUCCCGCACUGUGACCGCCACCUCCUCACCGUGCUCUCGCAGGGCGAUGUGGCGGGCCUCCAGGCGAGGUACAACGGGCGGUGGCUCCUCGUCCGCCCUGUCCCCGGCGCCUUUGUUAUCAACUUUGGCCACCAGAUGGAGAUCGUAACCAAUGGGGCGCUGGCCAGCGUGGAGCACCGUGCCAUCACCAACUCCGCUGUCGCGAGGAUGUCUGUGGCGACGCUCAUCAUGCCCAAGAUGGAGUGCCGCAUCGGCCCGGCGCCGGAGAUGGUGGAUGAGGUGACGAAUCCUGCCAAGUUCAGGGAGUUUGUGUUCAGCGAGUUCAUGGAGGCGUAUAACACCGCUGCCGCCAGCAGGGAGGACGUGCUCGACUCCUUCAGGAUCCACCGCGACUAGCUCAAUACCAACAAUGGCAUAUUGGCAUGGAUAUGCACUAUAUUCAGUAAUAAACUAGUAAGCUGCCCUGGAGCAGAACGGUCUGAAUGUCUAAUACUAAAAGUUGUUGUGUCUGGGCAUUGACAUGAUGUCCCAUAUACAACUUAAUGUUUACUUCAUAUUGUCACAUACUCUAAAAAAAUGUGCUACUGUGGUGUUAGCUUUUCAAGAAAAAGUUUGAAGUGUACGAUUGUCAAAUGUAAUGAAAAUACUUAUAGCUGA